AUAAUUGCUUUGUGGUCAACGACAAUUGAGUGAAAACACUCGUUGGACAGAAGUAAACACUUAGUUUAUAGUGGUACGUUUGUGUAGUCACGUUUUGAAUAGUACUGCUACCGCUACCUACAAAGUAUUAGUUAAUUAUUGAUUUAGAUGAAAUCUUAUCGCUGAUAGUGCUUGAAGUGUCGUACAUUACCACCGAAAAUUUGAAAGGCUCGAACAUCUCAUGAGCAAACUGUCUUCCAAUCUUCCUCGCUAACGAUGAGCUGAAGGUCCGCCGAAUACGGUGCAAUGUGUCACUCUUAUGUUAUUGCGCAAUUGGCAACUCUACAAACCGUUCCGAACUUAUGAGUACCCAAUUAGUGGAAAAUAAAUGUGAUGGGGGCCAGUGGAGCUGCUCACCCCCUAAAGAGUGUUGUAAACAAGGUUGCUGUUUUCUGUUCUCGACCGUGCAUAAAGGAUCAUCUCCCAACAACCUUCAGACAGGGUCGGUGUUCAACCCCCUAUUUUUAGGCCACUGGUACUUCUGGCUAGCUGUGACGGCAACAGUGGCCGGAAUUUUAUGUGCCUGUUCCCUGUGGAGGAAACACACCCAGGGGAAUCUUUGCUGCAGAGAUUCCGGACGAGAUGAGAGGGCCUCCGAACCCGAUUCUAAUGGGUCGUGCUAUGCACCUCCCCAGUACAGCCGGUGUAACAGCUUUCAUCAAGCGCCUCCCCCAUAUUCAGAGGUGACCUCGAAGCCCGACCUAUAUCCGCUGGUAAUUAGCUACAAUGCCGAACCGGUAAAAAGUAACAACGGCUCCACGGGAUACCUGAUGGUGCAGUAUUUUAGAAAUUUCAUUGUUAGGCCUGUCGGAUCAUUAUCUGCCACAAGCACAAUAGACUCUCUAAGUUCAAGCUUUUUAUGCAACGCUACUAAUGAGGCUAACAACAUUAUCCCUCCCCCCUAUUCGCAUAUGGGUAGUUUAGAAGAGAUCACAACGGACAGUCAGUUGCCGGCCAUCCAGCCGACGGCGAAGGCUGAAAACAGACGUCUACCUCGCUCGGCCUCGAACAAUUCUAGUACUGAGUACCACCAGGUGUUGCAUACCAGCCCAAGCGCACACACGCAGCUUAGUAUGCCCUUGCUGCCUCCUUCGACACCAGCGCACCAGUUGCCAGCCCCCCCGCGGCAACACCAAGUGGUUUCGAUCAGGGACAAUCCGUGUUUCGGCCAGAACACAACGAAUCUUGUAAAUAGUGUUAGUCCCGUGGUGCCAAAUGACGUAGAAAACUCAAGAACAGGUAGAGUAGCGGUAGAAAGCAAAAGCCAAAAUAACUGUGAUGCUUCAGCGGCCGACAUGUGUAGAGUAAAUAGAAGGAUAACCAAGAACAAGCUAUCGAAAGACGAUUCCGAAAGCCAAGACGAAGAGCACAACUUCUCCGACCUCCUCAACCUGUCGGUGUGCAUGCCCAGCAGCGUGAUCCACCUGGAAAACCCGAUACAGUCCAGCCCGCACCUUCAGGAGUUGCAGUAUAGCGUUACCAACAGCAUCGGCUCGGAUAUCAGCAGUUUGGCCAACUUGGGAUCGCCCGACUCUCCGCCAAGGGCCACCAGUCCUACGGUGGAGAUGAGGGAACUCUUGGACAAGAUACAACAACUCCCUCAACAUAAAAGUCCCGUUCCGACGGUUCAGCAGCAGAUGGAACCCAAGAAUAACAGGGGUUACUUCCACAAGGUCAAGUCUAAAACCCUUUACAUGCCCUUGUACGACUCGAACGCAGCGACUAGGUCGAAAAAUAUACCAAGCGUAUUUCCGAGGAGCUGGCUGUCGCGUUCGGCUCCUUGUACACCCUGCGGCAAUUUCGCGCCAAAUUUCCCCAUCCACCACCACAAGGGCAGUCAGAGGGGCAGCAAAACCAAAAUAACGGACGGAAGCCCUCUGUUGAAGGAGCAAGUCGAGGAGUCCGAGGAUGAACCUAACAAAGACGAAUGUUUAUGAUUGAGAGAUUUUUAUUUGUAGGUAGCUAUGUUGCGGUAGAUCGCACACGAUCACUAGUGGAAAUUCUUAUGGGAUAUUUGAAAAAAAAAACAGGAAAAAGAUCCGCAACGGCAUCUUCGGAAAAAGGUGCUUUAGAAAGUGUGUCUGUGAUACACGUACUUGAUGCUGUAAAAUAGUUUAGCUGUAUAUGAUGAUCCUAUAAUAAUUUCUAGCGAUGAGGGAUGUUUCAAAUUUUGUUGCAGAUUGUUCCGUUAUAGAGACCUAUCGUACAUUUGAACUACUGUAGAGUUUUGUAGGUUCCAAAUUCCAAUAGCAUUUUCUACAAUUAAAAUCACUAAUGGCGGCUCAUACAGAGGUUUUAAGUUAAUUUCCAGCAAUAGCAAUGAUGUGAAAUGUGUAUUUUUAGGAUAUAAAAAGAUUAUCAUUCAGUUUUUUCGGUUUGUGAAAAAGGAAAUGAAAUUUGGAACAUCCCAGCCAAGUUACUAUUGUGCCGUUACACCCUUUAAUACAAUAUUUUCACAUAAUCAAAAUACAAAUUGAAAGAUAUGAACUAAAAUAGCUACGUCUACUAUAGAAGUAUAAACAAGAGCGCACCUAAUUUUAUCGAUAUUAUUACAUUGAUUCAUAUUAGAAAUAGGUUUAUUGACAAUAAAGCAGCCACAAAUUAAAAAUGUUUUCUGUUUAUUAUUACAAAUAAAAUUGAGCGUUAAAAGCAUUCUCGUAGGUUAAAUGUGUAUUAAGUCAAGGGUUAGUCAAUUAGUGGACGAAUUUUAACAAAACAUUUUAACAUUUGUGAGAUACAACUACUCUGCGAACUACAGCUGCGUCCAGCAUUGAAUUACACCCGCGAUAUAAAGAACAGCUAAGAUCUAAGUUGUUUCAUCAGUAAAAAAAGUUUUUUUCGCCCAGGGAGACACCGACCUAUUUUCAUAGUACCUACAGAUUAGUAGGUCUCUUUCCAGUAGGUACAAAGUAAUGCUUUGCACCAGUAGGCAUUGUGUACUAUUGACAGUUAAGACAAACAAACAAACAAACUUUGUAGGUUAUGUCUGAUUCGCAUUUCAACAUUUAAAUUUUUCUGUCUGAUCCUAAAUGUGAGUGUGUACAAUUAAAUGUAAUGUAAUUUUUACACAAUUCCUUUUGCAUUGUCUUUUAAAUCUUUAGCAUAACACAUCGUUAAUCCCUGAAAGCUUGGAGAAGCAGUACUAAAAACUGAAAUCCAAUGAAAAGUUCUAUAAAUUCAAAUAAAAUAUCCUCGUUUUGAAAUUAGGGCCUAUUUAGGAGUGCCUUAAUUUCCAGUUUUACUUCUACGAAAAUGCUUUUGACGCGUCCAAACGCACCAGUUUUUGUUACCGCAGUUUGUUUUCCAGUUGUUUAAAGGAAACCUGUCAUCGUAACUGGCGUACUAAUGAACGAAAAAUGAAUAAAAACUAUUUUUAUAUCACUUGCAAAUGACAAGUUAUAUAUUGUGGAAAAAAAUCGGUUACCUGGAGGACGUGUACGUACCCAAAUGAUAUUAUUAAUUCUGAAUGUUAGUUGUGUUUGUGGAGUAAAAAAAGUUGAAGAUAUAUGCCCUAAUAUACGAGGUGUAAUGCUGUAGUUAUAUAAAAGAUGGCUAUAAUUUUUAGUCUGUGUUUGUUGAAAAUUUGUUUGUUAAAGCGUGCGGGAAGUUCAGAUAUGACGGUUUUGGUUUCAUGUUUGGAUUUAAGUCGUACUUUUUGUUUGUUUUCUAAUAUUUUUGGUUUGCUUUAUCUAUUACAUCGCUUUUCAGUUAUGGAAAUUUAAAAAACUUAUUAUCUCUUGUUGCGUCAUUAUCAAAGCUGAUUAAUUCUGAACUUUUCUCGCAAUCUCAUAUAUAGGACUAAUCUUACGAAAUCUGAUGUGGUUCGUGUACGACUUAAAAGUCGCUUAAAUCCAGCUUCCAAAACAAUUUGAAGCUUUUAAUGCUCUCCAUAAUGACUUCUUCUGAUAUUCGGUUACACAUCACCAACAAAAGAGGUUUCAAUGUUUUGACAGUAAUUUUUUUCCGAUUAGUACAAUAUUCUUCAAUUACUCACGAAGCGAUGAGUUCGUGAAUCUUAUCAGGUUUCGUAUGUUUAUUAAAUUUUGUUAGUUUUAAAUAUUGGUUCUCUUGUGUGGUUUUAAACCGUUAGGAACUUCAUUAUUUUGUUAUUAAAGAGCAGAACUGGCCUAAGGAUUUUGUGUUUGUUGCCUAUGCCCAAAAAAAAUUUAAGAUGGUGAAAGUAGGAAUAAUGAAGGUUUUUUUGACUCGGACUGUCUUCGGGCCUGUUCUGUUAAAAAGCCUAACCAAACCAAAAAAAUACAUAAUUACGUUAAGAUAUAUUCUGUUCUUAAAUAUUUUUAGUUGGAUCGAAUAUGUAUUCUCCAAUUUUUUCACUUCUUUUUUUUUGUAUUAGAUAUUUUUUCACUUAAGCGGCUUUAUGUAGAGGAAUUGGAUAAAAUCGAGGUACCUAU